AUGAAGGCAGCUAAUUUUUCUCUUUCUCUUCCCGCCAAUGAAGAUGAGCAAGCCAAUGACGAUGAGCAAGCCAAUGAUCAAGGCGCAGAUUGGCAUGAAUUUCCAGAUGAUAUCAUGAUUGACAUUAUUAAACGCUUAAACACAAUCGAUCGUCUGAUACUGUCCGGUGUUUGCAAGUCAUGGCGUCGGCUUGCUAAGCAAAAAGAUAUUCCAGUUCAUCAAUUUCCGCUGAUAAUGUUCCCUCGUGAGGCAAACUGCAAGGAUGUCGAAUUCCGCGACUGCUCUACCUAUCGAACAUUUAUAUACAAUCUUCCCGAGUGUAUCUUUCAAACAGGAGCACGGUGCUUCGGUUCUACUAAAGGCUGGCUUUUGAUAGAAACAGUAGAGCAGUCUAAAAGACCGCAAAUUUCCAUGUUAAAUCCAAUUUCUGGAGAAAUUAUAAAACUGCCCUCUAUAACCCCAUUCCAGUCUAACAAAUCUUACUCCAGUUAUAUGUAUACUUCUGUGGAUGCAUUCCUUUCGGAGGUGGAUUUUUUUUUCUUAUCCCUAUCAUGUCGUAUAAUUUCCGCAAUUUUUCACGAUGGGAUAUUAGCAAUUUGCAGAGCGGGUGAUGACGAGUGGAGGAUAAUUGUUGAAGCAGAACAGUUCAACUUUUUUGGAGACAUGUGUUUCUUUGAGGGGACAAUCUAUGUCUUAUAUAAAUUCAGCAAUUAUGAUGAUAAUGUUGUUUUACAACAUGAAGUUAAAUUUUCAGAAACUAGUACAAUCACCAUUAAACUAAUUCCGCAUCCUUAUCGCUCUCAAGUGUUUGAAGAAAAUGGGUCUGUUGUGAACGAUUCGGUGGAUACAUAUAUGGUACAAUCCGAGGGCGAAUUGUUGGUCAUUGAUAGAGUUCUUGUAUGUUCAGCAAUAGAUGAUUAUCCGAGUUUUGAACGGUUAAAAUAUGAUGUUUAUAAGGUAAUUGAUGGCUGUGUUAGCAGUAAGAAGCGUGAUUUAAAAACUGACCGAAUUGUAUUUACAGGAGGAGGGCCAUCUCUCUCAGUUUCUGCUAAAGAUUUUAAUGAGAGUGUAAAAGGGAAUUGCAUUUACUUUUUAGAUGAAGUGAACAAAUAUGGUGUCAAUUUCCCUGGAAUUUGGUGGCUCGACGACGGCAGGACUACAUACCUGUGUCCUCCAAUCAAAUUUGCUGACAAGAUGACUUGGCUUAUGCCAAGUAUAGUUUAG